AUGUCACCCAUCGCUCUCCAAGGAGCUUUGGACGCAGUAUUGCUGAAAUUUUACACCACACCAAACAGCUACAUGACGGCUAAAAAUAUAAUACUACAACAGAGCUGUACCAAUCGCCAAGUCAGUACAAUGAAAACCAAAUUCGUGAUGCCGCUACCUCUUCAAACGGAACGCGUCACUGUAGUCGCUAGAGCACACUACAGGCUGUUAAAAUUGCCUAAUAAAUACAAGAUAAAUACAGUGGCUGAGGGAGGAAACUGGUCGGAAGAAUCACUAAAAGCAGCUAUUAAUGCUGUGGAAAGGGAUGGAUUACGCGGCAGGUCUCCAGUACCAAAUACCUAGAAAAACAUUAGAGAGAAGAAUCGAGAAAAAUAAUGACAGGAAAGGACCUAUGAGAUCACCUACUUCAUUUGGAGAAGAAAACGAUAUGAAAUUGGCUACUUUGUGCAAAUGUUAGAAUAUGCCAACCAGAAAGGCAUUAUUUUGAUAUCAAUGCCCAGUCACAGGUCUCAUUAUCUCCAGCCUUUAGAUCGCUCUGUUUUUAAAUCAUUAAGCAGUGUAAACUUUAACUAAUCCAAAAUCCAGGGCGUCGAAUAUCGAGGUUUUCUUUCAGAGCUUUACUUAGCAAGGCUUGGGGAAAAGCAGCAUAAUCGGAAAAUGCAAUUGCUGGAUUUAAAACAUCUGGAGUGUAUCCCCUCAACUCAGAACCGGUGCCAGAUUAUGCGUUUAUUCAAGAAUCUACAAUACCUCUGUUACACCAGUGCUUCCCCACUUUACAUCUGCUGUGGACAGUGAAAAAGAACCUAUACCAGGUUGUUCUUAUGAACCAAGAAGUUAUACAAACUAUAGCCCUGAAAUCGUUUCCACAAAAUCAAAAGUCUCCGUAAAAACUGCCACGAUGUCUAAUGUUUCACACCCGAGCUCUCCGAAAGAGGCUUCGUUCAGUAAAGAUCCAGAUUACACCCCAUCUCGAAUUUUACAGGAUAUAUCACCUAUUCCACAAAAAUUGAUUGAAGAGCGUAAAUGAGCAAAGCAAGUUGGAACCCUAUUGAAUUCAGAAGAACACAUCAAAACUAGAAAAAAUGCUGCAGAGAAAAAUCUAAAAAAGGAAAACGUAAGAAAAUGUGUCAAAAUUGUAGAAGGGAAAAGAAUGCACUGUCCGAUCUGUCAUUCGAAGACUACCUGAUGAUAGUGACGAUAUUCCAUUAAAAAUAUUGUUAGAUAAGAGUAAGAAAAUAAAAUUAGGCGAAAAAGACAACUGUCGUGGGUGUGGUGAAAAUUACUACGAAACAGUUCUCAUCGAAGGCUGGCUUCAAUGUACAGUGGGCCAGUGUACACUGCACUGCAUUUGAAACGAUGUGCUGCAGAUGUCGCGAAGAGGAGAAAAGAAAACUUAAAUAUAAACAAUGAGACCAAAAAGUAAUUAUAAGCCUAGAACUAAGUAAUGGCCAUCUUACCUCUAAUGCCAUGGAAAACACGGUCGGACACCUCGGAAGAGAUUUUAAAAAAACUUAAAUUAAUAAGGUGAUCUCAUUAGAAAUUGUUACUUUUAUGUUUAUAAUAUCAUAGUUGAUUCUUUAAAGCUG